AUGAUGAAAGUUGCCUUCAUGUCCACAGAGGGGGGAAGGGGUGUGGUGGCACUGAGGAGCCUCUCUGCACUGUGGGAAAGAGUCCAGCAGAAGACCUGGACUCCAGACACCCAGUGGAAAUUAAGUGACUGCUGGCUGUCAGAAAGCUGUUGUUCUUCUCUGGCCUCUGCUCUGAAAUCCAAAACCUCACAGUUGAGAGAGCUGGACCUGAGUAACAACAAACUGCAGGAUUUGGGAGUGAAGCUGCUGUCAGCUGGACUGGAGAGUCCACAUUGUAGACUGGAGACUCUCAGUUUGAGGUACUGCAGCCUGUCAGAGAAGAGCUGUUCUUCUCUGGCCUCGGUUCUGAAGUCCAACCACUCCCAUCUGAGAGAGCUGGACCUGAGUUACAACAAGCUGCAGGAUUCAGGAGUGAAGCUGCUGUCUGCUGGACUGGAGAGUCCACACUGUAGACUGGAGACUCUGAGGUCAGAAACUUUUUAUUCAGCUCUUUACUAA